GCCCAAACAGUAGAGAAAGAGGGAAGGAAAAAAGCCAGAUAAAGACAUAGGAGAGUACCAUCAGCAUUGCUCAGCACAGGAAAUAUCUGAUUCACCACAGUGUCUUUAGAAGAAAAACAAGAGGAAGAAUGACUCUUGCAGCAUACAGAGACAAAAUGCGGGAGCUCCCUCUAGCGUCCAUCUUCUGUUCUUGCAUCCUACCUGAACCCAAAGAAAAGACCGCCAAGAAAGAAGGUGUGGUGGACCUGAACCUGUGCAUCAUCAGGGAUAUGGAGGUGAUUGAGCUGAACAAGAGAAGGUCCGGCCAGGCCUUCGAGGUCAUCCUGAAGCCACCCUCAUUCGACGGGGGUCCGAACACCCUCGCCAUCACACCCCCACGCAGGGAGCCCUCCCUGGAGGAGAUCCAGAGGAAGCUGGACGCCGCGGAGGAGAGGAGAAAGUUCCAGGAGGCUGAGCUGCUGAAGCACUUGGCAGAAAAGCGGGAACAUGAGCGCGAGGUGGCCCAGAAGGCCCUGGAGGAACACAACAGCUUCAUCCGGCUGGCCAAGGAGCGGCUGGAGCUGCGCAUGGAGCACAACAAGGAGAAACGGGAGGCACACCUGGCCGCCAUGCUGGAACGCCUGCAGGAGAAGGACAAGCACGCUGUGGAGGUGUCAUGACGGCCUGAUCACAACACAAGCUGAACUUAUUUUGGAAGCCAUUUUGGGAGGCCAUUCGCCAGCCUGUAGCCCUCUGGGUUCAGUUGUUUGGAGAAAAGACUCUGAGACUAUGAGAUUUUAAUGAUGACACGUGAGAGGUGGUCAAGUCAACGACUGAAGAGGAAUGUUUUAGGAUCUGACCAGUACAACAAAAAAGAUUGAGCUGAAACAGAAUUCGUCUCAGGAUUCUCACUAAUGUGCCGACAGUGCCAUUGGUGUGUGUGGAGUUUGUGGUUGGAGGGCCGGGGGAAGUGGGGGCAUGUGUGUGAGCGUGAGUGUAAGUAUGAGCAUGAGCCAGAGUGUUUAUACUUCAGUAAAACCACUUUGAUAUCACACAUUGUGCUUUGAGCUCACACCUUCAGGCAAGGUUUUAACUCAAAUUUCAUUAAUGUGUUUGGUUUGUAAACUUGAGUCUGUCUGAGCCAACAUCAUUGUAACACUACUGAGAUGAACGGAGGUCAGGGUAUGAUGUGGUUGUUUGUUACUGUACAGAAAUUGUGCUCCAUUUUAGAUGACAAAAAGGAAUAAAAAGAGUUGUUUUGAA